ACAUGGUUUCCUAUCUUAGUGAAGGUAUAAAACUAAUUGGACGUGGUGCUGGAGCAUUCAGUCGGAUUUAAAACUCACAAUGAAAGGAAUAAUUGCAUUAUUGGUCAUCGUGUGCGCGGCCGUGGGGCGGGCCCAAUCACAAGAAUGCCCGAAAGAACAGGAAACUAAUUGGGAAAUUGAAUUGUUGCUGAGACACGAGGAUUGUGAUAAGUUUUAUAAAUGUACAUUUGGUAAGCCCGUUGCAAUGAGUUGCCCGCCGGACCUUUGGUUCAACCUGGAAGAAUGGCGUUGUGACUGGCCACGAAACGUAGAUUGUGAGGACCGUAAUAUUCCUGACCAGUCAACAACGACGAGCUCGACAACUACCUCAUCUACUGCUUCGACUACUACGACCACGACUCCGACUACGACUACGACUCCGCGUUUCACCAGCACCACCAGGACCACCUCCACCGUAUUAACAACUCGACCACCUAGUCUACCCAAUGGAUGCCCUAUAAACCUAAGCAUGCACUGGUUGCUGCCUCACCCAACUGAUUGUUCCGCCUUCUACCAGUGUGUCUGGGGAAGUCGAGUGUUGAGACGCUGUCCUGCCAAUUUACAUUUCAACGAAUUCAGACAGGUUUGCGACUGGCCUUCAAACGCCUCAUGUCGAGUUUGACAUCCAGACUGUUACUGAGUUAAUUUACCUGAAGACCACAUGACUACAACGAAUUCAAAUGAGACACUGUGAAAAUGUAUAUUUAAAAAAAACAUUUUGUACCUAACAAUAUUAUUAUAAAUAAAAUCUAAGCAAGC